CGCUUUUCAAACUUAUUCGACUAGACAAGCUCGGACUUUUCUGAAUUCAUGGGUAAGACCAAGUAUAAACCUGUGGAGGAUGUGAACUCUGAAGUGGUGGAUGAUGUUGAGAUAGCAGAGGAAGUAGAAGAACAGAGAAACGACGGAGAAAUAGAAGAAGAAGAGACACCUAAAAGUUUCGAAGAGCUAGGGCUUGAUUCUCGUCUAAUUCGUGCCCUAACUAAAAAGGGUAUAGAGAAACCAACCCUUAUUCAGCAAUCAGCCAUUCCUUACAUUCUGGAAGGAAAAGAUGUGGUUGCUAGGGCAAAGACUGGUUCAGGUAAGACCUUGGCUUACCUUUUGCCAUUGCUUCAGAAGCUGUUUUCAGCAGAUUCUGUGAGCAAGAAGAAGCCUGCUCCUUCUGCAUUUAUUCUUGUUCCAUCUCGAGAAUUAUGUCAACAGGUUUAUACAGAGGUUUCUUCGCUUAUUGAGCUGUGUAGGGUUCAGCUGAAAGCAGUGCAGUUGACUAGUAGCAUGUCUGCAUCUGAUAUGCGUAAUGCAUUGGCUGGACUGCCUGAGAUUCUUGUCUCCACACCUGCUUGUAUUCCGAAAUGUUUUGCUGCUGGAGUUUUAGAGCCCACUGCUGUCAGUGAAUCACUUGCAAUUCUGGUUCUUGAUGAGGCAGAUCUUUUGUUGUCAUAUGGAUAUGAAGAUAAUCUAAGGUCGGUAACUUCAAUAAUCCCAAGGCGUUGCCAAUGCCUUCUUAUGUCGGCUACCACAAGUUCUGAUGUGGAAAAAUUGAAGAAAUUGAUUCUGCACAACCCAAUCGUUCUGACCUUGACAGAAGAGAAUAACAAGGAAGAGGCCGUCCCAAGUAAUGUUCAGCAGUUUUGGAUUUCUUGCAGUACUCAGGAUAAACUGCUUCACAUUCUUGCUCUCUUGAAGCUAGAGGUUGUUCAGAAGAAAAUUCUGAUAUUCAUCAAUACGAUUGACAUGGGAUUCAGGUUGAAAUUAUUCUUGGAAAAGUUUGGAAUCAAGUCUGCAAUUUUAAACGGGGAGUUGCCUCAGAAUUCUCGGCUUCAUAUCCUUGAGCAAUUCAAUGCAGGUCUUUUCGAUUACUUGAUUGCCACGGAUGAUAAUAGCCAGACUAAAAAACAAAAGGAAGAGACUAAAGGUGAGGAUAACAAGGAGAACAAUAAAAACAAGAAGCGUAGCAAACCAAAGCUGGAUGCUGAGUUCGGUGUAGUUAGGGGAAUUGAUUUCAAAAAAGUUCACACGGUCAUAAACUUUGAUAUGCCUCAAAGUGUUACUGGAUAUAUUCAUCGAAUUGGGCGUACAGGGAGAGCAUAUAGCAGCGGUUCUUCUGUUUCUCUUGUUUCUCCUGAUGAGGUGGAAGGGUUUGAAGAUAUAAAGUCCUUCUUAGCAAGUGAGAAGAACAAGGAUAGUGAUAUUAUCACACCCUUUCCUUUGUUGACCGAAAAUGCUAUAGAGAGUCUUAGAUAUAGAGCUGAGGAUGUUGCAAAGAGUGUUACAAAGAUUGCAGUUCGAGAGUCUCGAGCUCAGGAUUUGAGGAAUGAGAUAAUCAACUCGGAAAAGUUAAAAGCUCAUUUUGAAGCUAAUCCACGAGACUUGGAUCUGUUGAGACAUGACAAGCCUCUGAGUAAGACUGCACCUGCACCACAUCUAAAGGACAUCCCUGAGUAUCUAGUGGACCCAAAGACUCAAGAAGCAAGCAAGAUGGUAAAAUUAGCUAGAGCCGCAAUGGGCAACACUAGGAGAUCUGGUGGAGGCGGUGGUCGCAACAACAAAAACAAGAAACGGUCCAGAAAAGGCAACGACCCACUCAAAACCUUCAACCCCAAUGGAUCUAAGAGAGGACACGGUGGCGGUGUUGGCCAGAAGAAGGAUGGCAAAGAUUCUAGCGAUGGCUCGACCAAGAAACAGAAAACAAUCGACCGGCAAAAAGAUGUGUCCAAUGAGGAAAAAAACCUAACUGAUCUCGAAAAAUCCGACGGUUCACAUUUCCCUGGCGAUGACUACCGUCCGUCCGAUCGCAAAAACUGGAUGGCCGGUCUUACGUUGGAGAAACUAACUCUAAACAAGAUCGUGUGGCCAGGAACGCAUGAUUCAGCCACCAACGAUAUCGGAAUACCUCUGAUCUCUCGUCCCUUGGCUGAAUGCCAAACGCUCUCUAUCUACGAGCAGCUCGUCCUCGGGACACGUGUCCUCGAUAUCCGUGUGCAAGAGGAUCGCCAAAUCUGCCACGGGAUUCUGACGUCAUACGAUGUUGAUGUGGUCAUUGAUGACGUUAUCAGAUUCUUGUCGGAGACUCACUCGGAGAUCCUAAUCUUGGAGAUAAGGACUGAGUUUGGACACAAAGACCCUCCGGAGUUCGAGACUUACUUGGCGGACAAGUUAGGUCAAUUUUUGAUACAUCAAGAUGAUAACUUGUUCAACAAACCGGUUUCAGAGAUUUUGCCGAAAAGGGUUAUUUGCAUCUGGAAACCGAGAGAGUCUCCGAAGCCGAGCCGUGGUGGAAUUCUCUGGAACUCAGAUUAUCUAAAAGAUAAUUGGAUCGAUACGGAUCUUCCAUGGACGAAAUUCCAGAGCAAUUUGAAGCAUCUGACGAGAAUUGUUGCUGAAGAAGUUAUAAAUCCAGCGGUAUCGAUCAUCCAAAACCAGCUCCAGCGGCCACGAGACGUCCUUGAGCAACAACAAAUCCUAGACAAUCUCCAAGAAUCUAAUGGUUCGCAUUUCCCCGGGGAUGACUACCACUCGCCCGACCGGAAGAACUGGAUGGCGCAUCUCUCUGUGGAUAAACUAACCCUUAACAAGAUCGUGUGGCCAGGAACGCACGACUCAGCCACCAACGGAAUCGGGGACCCUGUGUUCACUCGUUGGUUGGGUGAAUGCCAAACGCUUUCCACCUUCGACCAGCUAGUUCUUGGAACACGCGUCCUCGACAUCCGUGUACAGGAGGACCGCAGUGUCUGCCAUGGAGCUCUGUCGUCGUACAACGUUGAUGUCGUCCUCAAUGACGUCAUCAGAUUUUUGUCGGAGACCCAAUCUGAGAUCAUAAUCCUGGAGAUAAGGACCGAGUUUAAAAAGAAAGACCCUUUGGGAUUCGAGGCUUACUUGAUAGACAAAUUGGGUCAAUUCUUGAUACAUCAAGACGAUAACUUGUUCGACAAACCGGUAUCAGAGAUUUUGCCGAAAAGGGUUAUUUGCAUCUGGAAACCAAGAGAGUCUCCGAAGCCGCGCCGUGGUGGACUUCUCUGGAACUCAGAUUAUCUAAAAGAUAAUUGGAUCGAUACAGAUCUUCCAUGGACGAAAUUUCAGAGCAAUUUGAAGCAUCUGAGCGAACAGCAACCGAUAUCUUCUAGAAGAUUCUUUUACCGGGUUGAGAACACGGUUACUCCGCAAGCAGAUAAUCUGGUUGUUGGGGUUAAACCGGUGACUGAUCGAAUCCGAAAACACGCAAGGCUAUUUAUAUCUCAGUGUGUUUCCAGGGGAUGUGGAGAUAAGUUGCAAAUUCUAUCGACUGAUUUCGUUGAAGGAGAUUUCGUGGAUGCCUGCGUUGGACUCACUUAUGCAAGAAUCGAAGGGAAAGUAUGACAGAUAUCGGAGUUUGACAAGCAUUGAAACCAGUAUAUUUCUUUGGUUUUGGAUUACGUGUUCUGUAAGUUACAUUAUUUAGAAAGGCGUCUGUGUCAUCUUCGCCGAUGAACUUAAUGCAAAGUGUGUGUAGCCUUUUUAUUUCUCUUUGUUCAUAGUAUCUUAGAUUAGUAAAUAAUUUGAGCUCUACCGUUCUCCUUGAGUGAAUAUGUUUUAGUAGAUGAUUAACACAAGUAUAAAACACCUAAUUCUGU